AUGAGAUGGCGACCCAGACGGAUCAACUCAGGUGCAAAGCCUACCAACUGUGCUUCCCCAAAGAUGCCCCCUGCCAAAACAGUACAUCUAUGGCACUUCCAGGCCACACACGGCCCAGGCCUUUAUGAGAAGAAGGGCCCUCCGGAACCACAGAGAACUCACCCUUAUGCAGCAAAGAGAGCGGGUGGAAGACGGAGAGGGCAGGCGACAACAAUAUACGGAAUCCACAGAGACCCAGACAAACUUGCCUACACCAUGCAUGGUAUGUCAGUCCACGCCAACUCAAGAUGCACAGUUAUCCACCAACAAAAGGGUAAAUGCUUGCCCCGGAGUCACCCGCCAAAAUCCGCAACUGUACCAGUGGCAGAAGCUCCAUCCUGGCGGAAAAACAUACACCGCACUUCCCACAAGCUCAAGACAGCGCAGAAGCACACACCCACGGUGAAGGCUCCAACAUGGGACACACAAGCAGCGAAGCCCAACGAAACUAUCAGUGGCACGGAGGCGGAAACCGACGUGGAGCAAGCCAAAGCCCUGCACCAAGCCUGA